AUGAAAAUUGUUGUAUUUUCUGGUGGUACUGCCACCAACUCUUUAACUCCAUGCUUUAACUCUCUCUCAAUCGAUCAAAAAAAUGAUUUGUCCUAUGUGUUACCAAUAUCUGACAAUGGUGGUUCCACCAGUGAAAUACUACGUGUCUUUGGUGGCCCUGCUAUAGGUGAUAUCAGAUCGAGAAUUGUUAGACUGUUAAACGACCUGGAAAUACACGAUAUUUUAGCCUAUAGAUUGCCUGUUUCUCAAACUCUAGCAAAGUUGGAAUGGAAUCAAAUUGUGGAAGGUGACCAUGACAUCUGGUUGAAUAUCUCUCCUGAGUUGAAGGAGCUAUGUAGGUCUUUCUUGAUUAACAUUCAGAGCGAAAUUUUGAAAAGAUCAAAGGUCUCGAACUCUUUUAAUUUUUCAACUGCAUCAAUCGGUAACUUAUUCUUAACUAGCAUUAGAUUAUUCAUGGGUGGAUCUUUGGAUUCUUCAAUUGAAUUGAUGAUGAGAAUAGGGAAAGCUAGUUCGAACGUUAAUGUCAUCCCUUGUAUAAAUACAAACCAUACUCAUCAUAUAUCUGCCCUUUUAAAAGAUGGUAACAUUAUCACUGGCCAAUCACAAAUUUCUCAUCCUUCAAAGACUCAAUCAAUGUCAAAUUCAAAAACCCAUGUAUCAACUUAUUAUGAUGAGGAUUUCGCGAACCCAAUAUAUAUUUUACCAGAAUUGAGAAAUUCCCAAUUGCAUUUUGACAAAGAUGAUCACGAUGAUUCUUCAAGUAUUUUACCUUCUCCAAUUGAAAAAAUAUUUUAUAUUAAUCCCUAUGGUGAAGAAAUUAAACCAAAGGCUAAUAGAAGAGUCAUUGACAAAAUAGAAAAUUCGGAUCUUAUCGUAUAUUCAAUUGGCUCUUUAAUGACUUCUUUAAUGCCGAUUUUAAACUUAGGAAAUAUAUCUCAUUCGAUUUAUUCAUUGCCAUUGGAUAAAAAAAUUAAAAAAGUCUUGUUAAUUAAUAAUAAGUUCGAUAGAGAAACUUACGGAUUGUCAGGUUACACCUAUGUUAAAUUCAUUGUAGAUUCAAUGACGAACUGUCUAAUUGAUUUUUGUAACGACCAUGAUACAAAAAUCGAUUUAGAUUUAUUACAAGAAAAUUGCCCAUGGAAUAACUUCAUUACAGAUAUUGUUUAUUUAAGCAAAGGUGAAAUAUUACUAGAACCAAAUGAUUUUAAAAAACAUAACAUUUCUGUCCAUCCGAUAGAUUCAGACAUAAUGGAAAAUGAUUCUCUAUGUGAUAUCUUAACUAAAAUCUAUCAACAAGCUUGA